AUGGCUGACGAUCUAGAGGCACGUCUUGAAAGUCACGCUCAGGCCUUCGAGGGUCUUCUUUCGCUGAUCCCCGCCAACGAAUACUAUUCCAAGGACAACAGCGACCAAUGGCAGCGCAAGAAGCAAACAAAAGAACAGAAGCGCCAGGCCAAGCGCGCAAAACUUGACCCUGCAAACCAAANNAAAUCCGCAAAGGACGUUAUGGAUGAGAAUGAGCGCAAGAGGAAGCGAGAGUUGGGAAUCGACGACGACGAUGAAGAGUCUUCUGCACAGAUCGAUUUGCCCGCCGCCAAAGAGCAACCCGCCAAAAAGCAAAAAGUUGACGAAGAGGAUGACGACGACAGCGACGAUGACGCCGACGCUACUCCAAGCAGCAAGAAGGCACAAGCAGAGAAGAGAAAAGAGAAGCGCCGUCUGANNAGAAGGAAAAGGCCGACAAGCAAAAGGCAAAGCUGGAAGCCAAGAAGGCCGCUCGCAAGCAGGAACCUCAAUCCGCUGCUGGUGCUGAAGAGUCUGCCGAUGAGGAUAUGCAAGACGCCGACGAUGUAUCUGCCGAUGAGGCUGCUGACGAUGCUAUGGACUUCUCUGGUCUGGUUGACGACGACGAAACCUCAACACCGGCAAGCCCCAGCCAACCCGAAGUUUUUGACAACUCGACCAACCAAUNCUGCCACAUCUUCCUCGUCAUCAAUAGUUCCUGCCUCAAAUCCCACGGAAGGAGACGCACCCGCCACCACAAAGCCUAAGAAAGCACUCGCGCUUAAGUUGCCAGAGGUCAACGCCGAAGAACUACAAGCUCGCCUGAAGGCCCGUAUCGAAGCAUUACGUGCUCAGCGCAAGGCUGAUGGUCCCAGCGGCGGUCCUCGCAACAGACAGGAACUCCUCGAGUCGCGCCGCAAGAAGGAAGAGGCCCGCAAGCAGCACAAGAAGGAGUUGCGCUUGAAGGCCAAGGAAGAGGAGGAGCGUCUCAACAAUGAGCGUCUGCGUGGAAGCGGUAGUCCCCUGGCCACUCCCGACAUUUUCUCACCGCGUCCUGUAGACGAGAACAACUUCUCCUUCGGCCGUGUCGCAUUUGACGAUGAAGAAACUGAUCCCACACUUGGCUCAAUUGCUGCACACAAGAAGAAGAAGGGUCCCUCAGAUAUCAAGACUGCCCUGGCCGCUGCCGAAAGGAAAGCCCAGCGACUCGCCGGUAUGGACGAAGACAAGCGCAAGGAGAUUGAAGAGAAGGACAUGUGGCUCAACGCAAAGAAGCGCGCACACGGCGAACGCGUCAAGGACGACCAAUCCCUUCUCAAGAAGACUCUGAAGCGCAAGACAGACCAAAAGACAAAGAGCGCAACACAAUGGAACGAGCGCAUCGACAACGUCAAGAAGGGCAAGGAGAUGAAGGACAAGAAGAGAACCGAGAACCUAGCCAAGAGAGCCGCCGAGAAGGGCGCCAAAAGGGUGGUUCUCCCACGCUACAUGUUUUGA